AUGGUUGAGGAGUAUCAGCAGCAAGAUCAACAGGCCCAUGAAACCAUCAUCCAGGCCGGGGAGUUAGAUGAAGCCACGCCAUGGUUGAAUCGGACGGGGUGGGUUCGGUAUUUACAAGGGACCCCCCGGCAGCCAUUAUUCGAGAGUACCCAGCGCCCCGAGGAGGAUGCCGAGGGACCAGAGCGUAUCGCAUUGGUCAUUUGGGAGGCCAUGGAGCGAUUGGCAUCGGUGAGCCAGGAGAUCGCCAAGGCGUGCGGGCAUUUAGUACGCAUUGAUGUGGUCCGUACGAUGAAGGACGAGAGUCCACAUAAGCCAUUAUUGGCAUAUUUAGAUGCCACCGCCAUUCAAAAGCAUGUGGCACCGUGGCAGCAGAUUAUGAUGUUUUUUGCACGAACCCAGAUUGAACAUGAUUGGGAAUCACCCAAGUAUUCAUUUACCCCCCGACAGCAGCAGUUAUGGGAUGCCGUGUGGCGCCAUGCCCAGGCCCAGGCCAGUUGUCCCGACCCCGAGGAUGAUGAGCCCGAGCCAUUCGAGAUUCGUCCCAUCGAGCAUGCAUUAUUAACGUUUUGCAUCGAUUUAUUACGCCAGAAGAUCCGCAACGAUGAAUAUGGAUGUGCCAUGAUUUGUGCCACCGCCGUGAUUGGAUGCGGGCAGUUUGGUUGGGCCACGCCCGAGAAUUUCCCCCCCCGGAUAUCCAGUUUGAUCAAGAUCGCGCGGUUUUUUAUUUUGCACAAAGCAUUGCGGUUAGACCCCCGGUCAUCGGAGAUCCGUCGUGGGUUCGCCGGGCAGCAGAACCCGCCAUGGUUUGAAGGUGAUAUGAUCGGCAUCGAUGAGGCAUAUGCCCACGAUGAUGAAGGAUAUGGCAGUGCCCCCCCAUCCCCGGUGGCCAUGCGUAGUCCCCCCCCACCAGCGAUGACAUAUUAG